AUGGAAGAAGUUAAUUAUAACAAAACAAUUGUGAUAGGUGCACAAUUUUGUUCUCCUCAACCUCUUCAACUAUUCAUAAAGAAGAAAGUUUACUUCUUGGGUGGUCAUGGAUAUGAAGUUAAAGAUGAUAUUGGUAAUAUCGUCUUCACUAUUGAAAAUGUUUUGGGGUUUUUUCGUAGCAAGUUGAUCGUCUUUGAUGCUGCUAAUGUACCAAUUCUUACCCUAAAAAGCAAGCAUUUUACGUGGCAUAGUAGAUGGCAAACUUUCAAGGGAGAUAGCACAGAUGAAAAGGACCUCAUAUUUAGUGCCAAGAAUUCUUCAAUGUUUCAAUUCACCAGAAAAUUGGACAUUUUCUUAGCUAAUAAUAUAUCAGAACAAGUUUCUGAUUUUAGAAUGAAGCCUAGCUACAUGGAGUCAAAUUGUGAUAUUUUUGCUGGGCAAUCAUCCACUCUAAUUGCUCAGAUGGUUAAGAAGUAUACAGCAGGAAGUGUAUUCCUAGGAAGAGACAAAUUCAUGGUGAAAGUGAAUUCAAAUGUGGAUCAUGCCUUCAUAGUUUCACUUAUAGUUAUCCUUGAAGAGAUAUCCAGCUCAGGACAAAGUAGCACUCAUUCCUCAACACAGUAA